ACCUGAACACUCCAUAUGAUGUUCUGGAAAUUUGCCGCGGCCUCCUUUUUUCCGCAAAAAUGAUAGCCGUCUUGCCCAAUCGCGACUCAAGUAGAAGCUUGUCCCCGCCUGUUUCUGGCUCUUGAAAGUGCCUGGACUAAUCAGCGCUCGCCUCCGUGUGUUCAGCCAUUUUGUAAGAAAAUCAAGCAAGUCUGCCGCCCUACCUUCGCUUCAGACCUCCAGUUUUUUCUUGUGCAAUGGACGGCCGCCUAGACGCUGACUUGUAUCCUCUGGGAUCCGGCUACGUCCCUGAAAUUGAAGGUGUCCAUGACAUAUCAGUUGGCACAAAGAGGGGAUCCGACGAACUCUUUUCUUCUUGCAUAUCCAACGGGCCCUAUAUCAUGAAUGCAGCCAAUGGCAACGACAGCAAAAAAUUCAAAGGUGACGUCCGCAGCCCUGGUGUUCCGUCACGAGUGGUCCAUGUACGCAAACUGCCCAACGACAUAAAUGAGGCUGAAGUUAUUGGCCUGGGACUGCCCUUUGGGAAGGUCACUAAUCUGCUGAUGCUGAAAGGGAAAAACCAGGCUUUCUUGGAACUGAACAGCGAGGAGUGUGCACAGACGAUGGUGAGCUACUACUCCUCUGUCACCCCUGUCAUCAGAAACCACCCCAUUUACAUGCAAUACUCAACCCAUAAGGAGCUUAAGACGGACAACUCCCCCAACCAAGUGCGUGCACAGGCAGCUCUGCAGGCGGUCAAUGCACUGCACGGCGGUGGGAUGGGAGGCAUGGCCAUUCCUGCAGAUGUAGCUAGCAUGGGAGGAGCAGGGUCGCAAAGCCCUGUACUCAGAGUCAUAGUGGAAAAUCUCUUCUACCCCGUCACCCUGGAUGUCCUACACCAGAUUUUCUCAAAGUUUGGCACCGUGCUGAAAAUCAUAACUUUCACUAAGAACAACCAGUUCCAGGCUCUGAUCCAGUAUGCUGAUGGCUUAACAGCUCAGCACUCCAAACUGUCUCUGGAUGGACAGAACAUCUACAAUGCCUGCUGUACCCUGAGAAUCAGCUUCUCCAAGCUCACCAGCCUCAAUGUCAAGUACAACAAUGACAAGAGCAGGGAUUACACCCGACCUGACCUCCCCAAUGCGGAUUCACAGCCCUCCAUUGACCAUCAGACCAUGGCUGCUUUUGCUGCUCCAGGCCUAAUCUCAGCCUCUCCUUAUGGUGGAGCUCAUGCCUUUCCCCCAACCUUUGCCAUCCAGCAGGCAUCAGGUCAGUACUAUACAGUACAAGGGUUGUCGAUGCCUGGUAUUCCUGGCCUGGCGUCCCUAGGCCAUGGUGGCAUGGCGGCUGCUGCAGCGGCCGCUAGCCGCCUCGGCCUAUCAGGGCUUACGGCCUCUGGGGGCCACCAUGUGCUGUUGGUCAGCAACCUGAACCCUGAGAGCGUUACGCCACACUGCCUCUUUAUUCUUUUCGGUGUGUACGGCGAUGUCAUGAGAGUGAAGAUCCUGUUUAAUAAAAAGGAGAAUGCUCUGAUCCAGAUGUCUGAUAGCACACAGGCUCAGCUAGCUAUGAGCCACCUGAAUGGCCAGCGUCUCCACGGCAGGGCUAUGCGUGUGACAUCAUCAAAACACACCACAGUGCAGCUGCCCAGAGAAGGCCACGAGGACCAGGGCCUCACAAAGGACUACAGCAACUCACCGCUGCACCGUUUCAAGAAGCCUGGCUCCAAAAAUUACUCCAACAUCUUCCCACCCUCUGCAACACUCCACCUCUCCAACAUACCGCCUUCUGUGGUGGAGGAUGACCUCAGGAGGCUUUUUGCCAGCUCAGGAGCCACAGUCAAGGCCUUCAAGUUCUUUCAAAAGGACCGUAAGAUGGCCCUGAUCCAGAUGGGCUCAGUCGAGGAGGCAAUUGAGUCCCUCAUCGAGUUCCACAACCACGAUCUGGGAGAGAACCACCACCUUCGAGUGUCCUUUUCAAAGUCCACCAUCUGAGUGCCUUUGCUUCCUCCCUCCAAGUCUAUUGCCAUCUGAAUGCUACUUUUGUCGAGGUUGCUUUCAGUGGAACAGGCCACCAUUACAUGUAUAUGGCUGUGGUUCUUUGCAGAAUGUUGCUCCCUUCACUGUUCUUAAUCAUUCCGUCAUCAUUAGGUUUGGGCAUCACAUUUUAAUUGUUUUUUCAGUCGAGUUCUGGUUCCAGUUUUGUCAUAAAUUACCAAAAUAUGUUAAACGUGCAGCAUUAUUUUCUUGAUUGAAGCUGUGAUAAACAGUAAUUCAGCAUAAAAUGCAAGGUAUGUCUAUAUGCCACGCAUAAAUGGAUUGUUUGUCUUUUACACUUGUAUGAAUGGGUCCUGCCAACAUUAGUUGAUACUGGGACAUAGUGAUUUUGACCAGGAUUUUUCUUGCAUUCUUGUACCAUGGUGCAGUAUGUUAUACAAUUUUUGCUUAGUGGUUACAGUUUUCUGGUAUUGCUACUCCCUUUUUGUGAAGUUUAGCUACAUGUUUAAGCGGUAGGUCCUGCCUGUAAUGAUCGACACUACUCACGGGCAUUGGCGCAAAUGUAACCAUCAAGCUAAGCUAAUGGUCACAAACUUAUUUUAGAAUCAGUAAAUGGAAUCAGUGUAUUUCUUGUUCCAGUUUAGUACAGAGUUCUUGGUACUCAAACCAAAUCAUUAAUUUGUUCCAUCUUAAAGUUUCAAGUGGGACCCUGGGAAAGGGGCAACAUUCUGCUAUGAAACAUAUUCUUGCAUUGGAGGUGAGGUAGGGGCAGCUGAACUGUCACUUUAGACCAAAUCGCUUAAUAAAAAGACACCCUCCACCACAGAUGUAUGCUUAUGUGGAUGAAUCCUAUCCACACCAGACACACUUCUGCAUUCCUUUUACUAUGAUAGUCAUGUGGAUAUAUGUGUGCCUUUUUUUGAAAUGCCACUUUGUACCUGUUUGGCCAGUCAGAAACGGUUUAAUACAAAGGAUUUUGUUUUGGCUAAUAGCCCACCAAGCAAUUUAUUUCCCAGUAUCCAUUUUGAUUUUAUCUUCUUGUAACUACCCGCCUAUUUGCUUUGGGGGAUCCAUACCACUGUCUAAAGUCCUUCAAUAAGGAUGCAUAUUUCUUUCAAUCUCUGUAUCUGCGGUCUUGUGCCUUACUUUGCCCCAACCAGAUUGCCUUAAGCAUUGCUCUGGCUUUAUUUGGAUGAUCAGUGGCUCGCAAAAUGCCUUUUUUAAUUUCUUGUGGUAUGUACCAGCACUGUCAAAAUAGGUGGGGGGAGUGGCUCAUCCAAUCUUCUGUUUAUUCUUAAACCCAAAUGUUUAUCUUUGGAUUUGUAUGCAUAUAUCCCCUAUUAUAUGUAUGUAGAAACUAUGAAUGUAAGUCAGUUAGAUGCCUAAUAUCCCUGCUAGGUGGCGUAGGUCUGAUAGGUGUAUCUGUGGCAGGAUUUAGAGCUGCGUCCAGCCUUCCUGGCUUACAGUCCCCACUCACCUCCAUUUAGUCCUUUCUCAGUAGGGACAAUGGUGUUCGGGGUGUCAUUUAAUCAUUUAUUCAUCUAUACGUGGAUGACUAUAUAUUCAUUUAUCUUCUUUUUAAUGUUAGUAUUUACAUGUGUAUCUCUUCUAAGCUUACUGAGACCUAUAUGUAGUGGCUGGGUUUGAUCACAGUGCCUUGACUCCUUGAGUUUUCAUUCUGAGGCUGAGACAAAUUCUGGCCUGGUGGCCCAGUUGACUUUGUUUACCUCUCGGUCAGGUGUUUUCUUUCUAGUCUGCAAAGAUGCCGGUAUCCCAUUAUAUUCAGGAACUUCUACCUUUUGAGAGGGCAUCUUGGAGAUAUUUUCCGCUGAAAGUAACAGUCCUGGACUGUGUAUAAAAAAAAAAAAAAAAACAGCAAACAUAUUUUUUUUUCUUCUUAAAUUCAGGAUAACAGGAUUACAAGGUGAGAUAGCCCUCGCCUGUUCCUGUCUGUGUCCCCUUGCACCACAGUCGGGUCCUGUAGUGCACUUUUCCUCAGUGAUUGAUCAUCACGCUCAAGUCUUAAACGUUGUCACAUUCCUGAGUGCCUCAAGCACCAGUUUCCACAGCCUCGACCACUGUAGUUUUGGACCAGAUACAGAUGCGCUCUGUCUCUAUUUUUGUAAAAGAUUAUUAUGCAUGGUUUAACGAAGCUUCAUGUAGCUACAGGCGGUUAUUGCUGUUAAGGACCAAAGUAUCUUCUACCCCUGCUGUUUUGUAGUGACUUCUAAAGGUUUUUUUUCCCCCGUUAUGUACACAAGGCUUCAGUUUCCAUCCCCCGUUUCUCAGAUGCCUUGGACAAAUGUCACAUGAAGUUAAAAUAUCUUUCAGCCUAUACUGUAUAUUGUAUCUCCUUUUUGUUGGAUUGACUUUACAAAGAGCCUACUUUGGUAGAGAUUGCUUUAGAUGGGAUGCUUGAUUGAACUGCAGUCCUAGCUAUGAUGUUUUUGUAGAAGAGUAAAAUCCCUUUCAUUUUUUAGUUUAAAGCUUUUAUUUGUCUCCUUUUUAUAUGGGGGUGGGGUUAUUGUAUGAAGCGGGAUUGCUGGUUGUAUAUAUUCAUGUUUUUGUACCACAAAAUCAUUUGGAUUUUAUCCACUUUACGUUCAAAACAUGUAUAUUUUGAUUAAAAACAAUACGCACCUGUUGAGCUCUGCGGAGCUGUAAAAACAAAAAAAACUUUUGUAACACAAUUACAUUAAAUCUAUCUGAACACA